AUGACCAAAGACAUCGUCUGGAGGGCCAUCCAGCUCUCUCCAAAGGUACCAUUCCGCUGGAAAUACGUCGACGACAUCUGGUCCUGUACGAUCCAGAACAGAGUGCUGCUUCUCAAACAGGACGAUACAUUCCUCCACUACGCAUCCAUUCCGCAUUUGAAGGACACCGAGGAGGUAGUCCUGGACUACUUCAACCUGUCUAUCAGGCUCGAAGAGCUGUACCUUGACUGGGCAUCCAAAGAUAAGCACUUCACGAAGAACUCUGCAAAUUUCGGCGGAAUACGCAUGCUCAGACAGGACCCGUGGGAGAACCUUGUGUCGUUUAUCUGUUCGACCAAUAACAACGUGAAACGGAUCUCGCAAAUGUGCGAAAAACUGUGUGUUCACUAUGGCGAGUUUUUGGCCGAGUACCAGGGAAUAAAGCACUACAAAUUCCCCGAGCCAGAGCGUUUGGCGCAGCCAAACGUCGAGGCCGAGCUACGCGCGCUUGGAUUUGGGUACCGGGCAAAAUUCAUCCAGCAAACAGCCAAGAUGCUCACGGAGAAGGACGAGCUUGUGAAACUCUACUCGAUGAGAACAGAGCCCCAUAAAACCUGCCACGAGUACCUCCAGACGUUCAUGGGCGUCGGUCCGAAAGUUGCCGACUGCGUGUGUCUGAUGUCGCUGGACAAGCACGACGUGGUUCCGGUCGAUACCCAUGUUUUCAAGAUUGCUACCAAAAGGUACCACAUGCCCGGAAAACUGCUGAACAAAGAGCUCUACGCGCAAAUCCAGGAAAAGUUCAGGCACCUUUGGGGCGAGUACGCUGGCUGGGCUCACUCGGUGCUCUUUGCUGCCGAUCUGCGGGACCUGAACAACGGGAUCAAUAUAAAAACGGAAAAAUAG